CUCGUUUUCAGAAAUGUCGCCGUGCUUACUACCAAUCUUGUUCCGAACAAAGAGAACCGGAAGAGAGAAGAGAGUCAUUUCAAUGCGAUCCGACAUCGUCAUUGGCAUCGGUGCGGGUACUAUCACCACUGUCAGCCGCCGUCCUCCGCCGCCCGCUCAAAAGCGCACCGACCCAUUCUAUACUCGACCACCCUCGCUCUCUGAACCCCACUCCCACUCUCUGAAGCCCACCACCACCACUCGCAACACGCAAACACGCACCCAGAUUAGCAAAACGCAAAUCAUGGAUCAAGCCGCAGAAGCACCGCCAACCACAACCACGCCAUCAUCCGACCUAUCCGCCGCCCUCGACAUCGUCGUCUCUACCCUCAACAGCGCUUCCAGCAACACAGGUACGAGCUCAGGCGCGACGGACACCACGACUGCGAGCACGUUCGACGAGGCGCUCGAGUUUGCACGGGCGUACGAGGCUGCGAGAAGGCGCGAAAAAGAGGAGGAGGAGGCGAAGCACGCGGAGGAGGCGAAGCACGCGGAGGAGGCGCUGGCAAUGUUCGCGUUCGAUGCGUUCGACGAGGACACGCCUGCGGCUGCCGACGACGAUGAAAAUGAAGGUGUCAACAGCAAGCCAGAGAGCGAGGGUAUCGGGAUGCAAGUGUCUGGAAGCAAUUUAACGCUGAGGUAUCCGAGCCCGGAGGUUGACGAUGCGUGUGUCCCAAGCAUGGAGCUAGACCUGGACUUGGACCUGGAGGCACUUGGGUGCCCGAGUCUCGCAGCUGAGGAUACGCAUACAGCGGACUUCUACCUGGAGGCGCUGGGAUAUCCGAGCCCAAGUGAUGUGGGCGGGGAUUUCUAUGCCGUGGGCAUGAAACUUGACCUCAAUGUCGACGGAGUGACUGGCGCUCAGAUGGCGGCUCUCGACGGGGAACUGGGUCCGGGAAGCACAGAGAUGUUUGACUGUCAAGGUCCGCGAGAGGAUGGUAUCCCGGACCAAGGCAUCAUGGAAGAGUUCAUUGAUUUUGCGAGCUAUGGUCUUACGCAGAGCUUUGGAGAAGAGUUUCUGAGCCCGAGUAGGAGGCCUAUCUUGGUUGGCUGGUCGUCACCGAACGGCGAGGAGACUGUUGAGCUUGGCCCGGCAGAACUCGCCUUUUGCAGGACUGCGCUCGUCCCCGACGCCCAGAACGAGACAUGGAUGUCAUCACCUACUGCUUUCGAUGUGCCGCAGACGCCUAUCGAAGUCUCCUUCCCCUUCCACGCUGGUUUUGAUGUGCCAGUGACACCGACUGCCGCCCAGGCCCCAAGUGUCGAUGCAACGAUACCUACGACCAAUCAGUCUUCGCCACGGUUCGCGUUUGACGCGCCCAAAACAUCGCCUGCGGCUCGGGCUCAAACCGCGGCUUCAACAGCCACUUCCGCACGGAAGCCCAAAGCACGUAAACGUUCUGAGAGCGAACGCCGUCCGCUCGCCAACAAGCCCAGACUCAUCAACGUGCCAGAGGCAACAAAGGCAGCCGUGCAGCAGCUCUCGGAUGAGGUCGCCAAGUCCAGGGCACGUACACAGCCGUCACAGGCGUAUCGGCACAACGGGGGCAGAGCGCCACGGGGCGGCGUGCCGCCUAACCUGGCUCGGGACAUCACGCGUGCGUACGCGAUGCAGCUGGAGGAGGAAAGGGAGAAGGUGAUGAAGGAGGAGGCGGCUAGGGAGGCGGAGGGCGCGUUUAAGCUGGCGAUGGGAGUCGUUACAGCUGCGAUGGAGGCGGACGGUGGGUACGAGUGCGGGCAGCCGCUGGACGAAGGUGCGUCUCCAGGUCCAGUUCCUGGGGACGAGUUUGCAAUCCUUGCCGAGAGCUGGGAAGGGUUCGGUGUAGACGGAGCGGACGACCGAGUUCGGGGUUCGGUGGGUGAGCCGGAGGAUUCGGAGAGGCGUAAGGUGAAGAGAGCAAAGUUAUAUUGA